CCCCCCCCCAAAACACACCCAGUGUUGUAGACGCCCUGUCAGCUUGCCAAGCAGUAGAAACAUCCCGGCCAAAUCAUGUAGUGGAGAGCAGAGCGUUAAGCUUUGGCCGGAGAGCCUGCUGCAAACCAUGUAAUCCCCUGCUGGUAGCUACUAGCCAAAGAGAGAGAGACUGCUGCUGCUGCUGGGCUUAGCCCGGCUGGCAGCACUGUUCUGUUUUGGCAGGUGAGACACGGCUUUGCAUCGGCUAAAGGGGUUGAUUGUAAGAUGAACGGCUCACAGAACUGAGAGGGAAUUAGCAAAAAAACAAGACAGACACACAAAAAGUCAAUAAAGAGGCCCAUUGUUUGCUCAUAAUAGGGUUUAUGUGUAAUGAUGAUGAGAGAAAAUCCCACAAAAUUAGGAAAGUAAAAAAAGUAAUGAAUGUAUUCAUCUAAGGGGGGAGGACAAAAUAAAAGAAACACCUUACAAUAUGAACCUGGAGCAGUUAUUUUAUUUUCUGAGUCUGUGCAGCUUUUCUAUGUCUUACUUUUUAGUUGUAUUAAACAAAUAUCCAAAAAGUGUCUUCCAGUCAGUGUUGGUGAAGAUGUUUUCUUGUGAUUAUUUCUGCUAUUCUUUAAUAGUGCAGCUUCCCUAUGUUUAGCACAUGCUGACACCAACCAACCCCCACCCACCCGCAAUGUUACAUAAUUGUGCAGUGUCUGAGACUAAUGACAAUCUGGACUCUUUGUACUUACAGUAUAUUAAGGCUCAGAUACUUCACACUGCUAAUUGUAUUACAUGCUAAUGUGACCAGCUUGUGUAAUUGUUAAAUUAUAACAAGUGAGGCUCGAAGUGUUGGCGCUUUAGUCGCAAAUGUUGUACAUUUAUUUAGCAGAGCAAGGAGAGAAGUCUGAAGAAGUCGUCUUGAUUACAUUUGAGAAACACAAAACUGUACUAAAAGAAACAAGAUCCUGAAAAAGACCUGUUCUAAUUGAUCAAAAACAUUCAAGUCACAGUCAUAAAGACAGAAAAGAAGAUUCUUGUAUGUCUGCACCCAUUUUUUUUUCAGUACACCCUCACCAGCACUGAUUGAAAGAAACCUAACGGGGUCAACAUCAAAAGUAAACCAUCGUACACCAGGCGGCUCAUGAAUUAUUGAAAGAUAUUGAUACACGUCUAUCGGGCCAGGAUUUACUUUUGAUGUCAUCAUCAUAUGAUUUCAGCUUCCAUCAGCACCUGAUACAAAUGAAUGCUAUAAAUACAUUUCUGGUAAAUUUAGCAGAAUACUUGCCACAAAAACAACAGUUCUGUUAAAACUGAGAGUUGCAUUAAAAACUAAACCCUAUGAGCUUUGGCAACGUGGUGUUUGAAGCUGCAAUGUUUGUUCAAUUAGAAAAUGUAUUGCCUACAAACUAUUUUGACAAUUGAUUUAAGUAUUUUGUAAAUGCUAAAUUGUCUGGUUCGAACCACUUAAAUGUUAAUAUUUUCUGUUUUCUUUAGUCCUCAAUGAUAGUAAACUGUUAAUCUUUGGGUUGUGAACUGUAGGUCGGGACAUUUAUCUCAAUUUUCCAACAUUUUAUGAAUCAAACAACUAAUUGAUUAAUUGAGAAGAUAAUCUACAGAUUGAUCGUUAAUGAACAUUAUAGUUGCAGCCCUCAUGAUGUUAACUGUGGGGAUAUUGGAAGGUGUUUUGAAUUGUCUUCACCCUCUCAGGUGACAUUGAGGUUUUGCAGUUGCUUCUAAGUGGAUGAUUAAGAAAGUAUGGGGUCUAUUAAAGGCAGUUUUCUCACUUAAAUGCAAUAUUUUGUUUUGUCAUAACACACAUUUAUCCCACAGGUUUUUUUUGUUGCUUUUUUAAUGUUUAAAAAAACAUUGUACCUAUUCUACCACCUCCUGACCAGAACACCCCCCCCCCCCCCCCCCUCCAUUUUUAAGAACUUGUUGGAUUUUCCACUUAAUUUAAGAAAAAAAAAAGAACAAAACUUUGUGGAGGUGUAGUAGAAGUGUCCCCAAAGUCACUGCCUCCAUCUCUCGUAGUUCCUCGACGACCCUCUUCUCUCCAACAGACUCAGACAGACAGGCAGGCCUCCACCGACCAGAGUACAGACACAAUGGAUUGGUCGUCGUCGUCCUCCACCACCUCCAGCCUGAUGGCCAGCAACGUGACCAACAAGACCGACCCGCGCUCCCUCAACUCCCGCGUCUUCAUCGGCAACCUCAACACCCUGCUGGUCACCAAGGCCGACGUGGAGGCUAUCUUCUCCAAGUACGGCAAAAUCGUGGGCUGCUCCGUCCACAAGGGCUACGCCUUCGUCCAGUUCUCCAAUGAGAGGAAUGCCCGGACGGCUGUGUCCAGCGAGGACGGACGCAUGAUCGUAGGACAGGUUUUAGACAUCAACCUAGCGGGCGAGCCAAAGCCUCACAGAUCGAAGACAGCGAAACGCUCUGCAGGAGACAUGUACAGUUCCUCUUUUGAUUUGGACUAUGACUUUCAAAGAGAUUACUACGAUAGGAUGUAUUCUUACCAGUCCCGGGUGCCUCCUCCCCCUCCACCCCUGUCCCGCGCUGUCAUCCCUUCAAAGCGUCCGAGGGUCAGUCUGAGCGGAGGAGGGAGCCGACGGACCAAAACCACCUUCUCCUCCUCCUCCAAGAGCAGCCAGAGGGCUUCCCGUACGAUGAAGGUAGAUGAUCUGCAAACCAUCAAGAGAGAGCUUACUCAGAUCAAACACAAGGUCGACUACCUGUUGGAGAGCCUAGAGCGCAUGGAGAAGGACCACGGCAAAAAGUCCGACCUGAAGAGCUCUAAACCAGAGCCAGGUGAGGUUUCCCCCCUCCAUUCCUCCACCUCCAGCAAGAAGGACGACAGCCUGAAACGAGAAAGAGAGAGGGAGAGCCAGGAGCUGAAUGACUCUGAGGAGGAAGGAGAUCUCCUGGAGGAUGAAGACGAGCGAUAUUUGUGCACUUUUCCUUCCGCACAGAUGAAAAGCAGAGGGAGAGAUGAGGACGAGGAGGAGGACGGCGAGCAGGAGGAAGGAGAGGACGACGGCGAUAGCGCCAAUGGAGACGAGUCCUAAACACUACGCAGGCAGAAAGACACACACAUACACACGCACAAAAUGAUGUGUGUGAUUGUAUCUCCACACCAGACUUGUACACAGUGGUCAUAUGCUCAUUAUCUGCUGAACUGACUGGACGUUUCUAUAAAAUGUAUUGUAGAUAAUUCUCUCACACACAUUCUCAAAAGUAUAAAUAUGUUACUUUAUCCGAUUUUCUUUUAUGUUGUCAAUUUGAUUUUACUCAUUUUUUUCAUUUUAUUUUAUUUGACCAUUUUAUAGUUAUUUACUGACAUUGGUUAAAAGCAAAACUCUGAUGUGUCACAUUCAGUGAGAAAAAAUACAAGUUAAGGACAAAUGUUACAUAUUGUAUAUUUGAACUAAGGGCUAUGAGCCACUCCAGUCUAAAAAUGGAAAGAAAGUAUUCUUAGCCCUCAUUUUCCUUUCGAUGAAUGUGUUGACUUGAUGCCAAAAAAACAAACUUACUUUUUUCUGUUAAAUUACUGCAUUAAGUAAUUAUCACUGGGCAGAGGCUGACAUCGAAACAGAACUGGAAUGAAAGUGUGCUCAGGUGCAACGGUUGGAAUUUAAGGUCAGUCUAGCGUAUAAUACCAGACAUGGUAUCACAAUCCCAGUCCUAAAGAAUUUCAAGAUGAAUAUUUUUUUUUAAUAUGACUGAGCUGCUGCACUUCUACCUUUUAACCAGCAGGUGGCAGUGUAUCCUGUGAAAUGGCCACACAGAUGCUCACAGGGAUUUAUUUCUGUUGUU